CUGAUUCAGUGGUACAUGUAAACGAAAACAAAAAUUGUUAUGAUUCUUGCAGGAACGCUAGUUUGUUUCGCGCAUUAAAGGGUUUAGGUUUUAUAAUUAAGUAACGUAACAUAAAAAUUAAAUAACAUUCGCUAUGCACCGACGCGGAGGCAAAAGGAUUCGUCUGGACGACCCGCCUCCCGAAUAUGAAAACCCCAUGACGCCUCAAGUAGAACCGGAGCAUUAUGGUACUACUUAUAUGCAAUCCGGUAUCUACCAUGAUUCUUAUCAAGAACAAGCUGGAACUUCUGGCGCCUCGUCUGAUGGCAUGUUUGAAUCACCUCCGACUCCCGGACUAAGACGAAUCACCAGAUCAAAAGCACGGGGACAAACAAAUCCUCCGCCACCUCCUCCAUCAUAUUCUCCAACACAUACUGCGGCAACUGGGAGAGGAAGAGGUCGGGGGCGCCCUCCCGGUCGCAAAAAUCACGUCGCAGACAUUCAUUUACGUCAUGACACAGAUGACGAGACGUCUUUGUACAAUGUUAUUAAAAAUGGGCGUGUGUCCUUAACGAACAUAGUCGAUGACUGGAUCGAAAGUUACAAGGUGAAUCGGGAAGCGGCCCUCAUAGAACUCAUGCAGUUUUUCAUCAACGCAGCAGGCUGCAAAGGUCGUAUUACACAAGAAAUGCAGGCUCAAAUGGAGCACGCGGCUAUUAUUAGGAAAAUGACUGAAGAAUUCGACGAAGAGUCUGGAGAGUAUCCUUUAAUAAUGGCCGGCCAGACUUGGAAGAAAUUCCGCCAAAAUUUUUGCGAUUUUGUGCAGACAUUGGUGAAGCAAUGUCAAUACACCAUCAUUUACGAUCAAUUUUUGAUGGAUAAUGUUAUAUCUUUAUUAACGGGAUUAUCUGACUCUCAAGUACGUGCAUUUAGGCAUACUGCCACCUUAGGUGCCAUGAAAUUAAUGACCGCCUUAGUAGAUGUCGCUUUAACAGUGUCAGUGAACUUGGACAACACUCAGAGACAGUACGAAGCGGAAAGGCAAAAAACUAGGGAAAAAAGAGCUAGUGAUCGUUUAGAAGCUCUGCUCGGCAAGAGACAAGAAUUGGAGGAAAAUAUGGACGAAAUUAAAAAUAUGCUGACUUAUAUGUUCAAGUCAGUUUUUGUUCACCGAUACCGAGAUACCCUGCCAGAAAUCCGAGCUAUCGCAAUGACCGAAAUCGGAGUGUGGAUGCACAAAUUCCAUGCAAAUUUCUUAGACGAUUCAUACUUAAAAUAUAUCGGAUGGACGUUACAUGACAAAGUUGGAGAGGUUAGACUAAGGUGUUUACAAGCCCUACAGCCUCUGUACGCUAGUGAAGAAUUAAAAGGAAAACUAGAGCUUUUCACUAACAAAUUUAAAGACCGUAUAGUAGCAAUGACAUUAGACAAAGAGUAUGACGUAGCAGUACAAGCAGUACGACUCGUGAUUUCGAUUUUGAAACACCAUCAUGAAAUUUUGACCGACAAAGACUGCGAACACGUUUAUGAAUUGGUAUAUUCGUCUCAUAGAGCAGUGGCACAGGCCGCCGGUGAAUUUUUGAACGAAAGGCUCUUCCAGCCCGGGGAUAUGGACCCCGGCAAAACGAAACGGGGCAAAAGGCGUUUGCCCAACACCCCAUUCAUCAGAGAUCUCGUGCAGUUCUUCAUAGAAUCGGAAUUGCACGAGCACGCCGCUUAUUUGGUGGACUCGCUUAUCGAGUCCAACGUUAUGAUGAAAGAUUGGGAAUGCAUGACCGAUCUGCUGUUGGAAGAACCCGGGCCCCAUGAAGAACCCUUGGACAACAGGCAAGAGACGAGCCUCAUCGAGAUAAUGGUGUGCUGCGUGAAACAGGCCGCGAGCGGGGAGGCACCCGUGGGGCGGGGUCCCACGAGGAAGGCCACUUCCUUAAGGGAAAUGAAGCUGACCGGCGAAGAUAAGCAAAAAUUGACCGAACAUUUUAUCGUAACGUUACCACCGCUGUUGGAUAAGUUUUCGGCGGAUCCCGAAAAACUAGCGAAUUUACUAAGCAUCCCGCAGUACUUCGAUUUGGAUCUUUAUACCAGCGGACGGCAAGAAGGUUGCCUGCAAGCUUUGCUGGUCAAAUUGAAAUAUAUAGUGCAGGUGCAUCAUGAACCCGAGGUUUUGGAAACGCUCGCCAAAACUCUGGAAAUCUUGUGCACGGAAGGGCACUCGAUCUACACGAAAUGCGACGUUGCCAGGUCGACGAUUAUCGAUAUGAUCGUGUCCGCAUACAAGGAAGCGAUCGACGACUGGCGUAACUUGUUGUUGGGCGAGGAGACUCCCAAUGCCGACGAAAUUUUCAACGUGGUUAGUUCGAUGAAAAAAGUGUCGAUGUUUUACGCCUGUCACAAUUUGAACCAGUGGGAUUUGUGGGACAUGUUGUUCCUGGACUUUAAGGACCUCGAAAGUAAACUCCCUCCGGAGGCGCUGAAAUAUUGCCUCAGUUCUUGCUACUACUACUUGCUGUGGGGCCUGAAGGACCUCGAAAGUAGCCACGAGGCGGGAGGGUUGCAACACGCCGAAGUUCAAGACCUUCGAGACAAACUAGACGAGUUCUUGGAGGCCUCUCAAACUCUAAUUAAAUCUUCGCCCCACAUCCUGAUCAAGGAGGAGGCCUACAUAGGUCUUUGCGAUCUGUUGAUAGUCUUCAGCGACCAGUUGAAGUCCGGCCACGAGUAUUUGGCCGAACUGGCUUGUACGCCUGACAGGAACCUCCAGUUGCUCUUGAACGAGUUCGUUCAGACGUACGUGUUCGUUCCCGAGCAGGAUUCCGAACACGACGAGCACCGAAUCGAGGAACUUCACAAGAGACGUAACUUUCUGGCCGCCUAUUGUAAAUUAAUAGUGUACAAUAUAAUGCCUACGAAGGCGGCUGCAGACGUUUUUAAAAAUUACGUGAAGUGUUACAACGAGUACGGGGACAUAAUCAAGACCACAUUGAGCAAGGCGAGGGAGAUCAACAAAGUGAACUGCGCGCUGACUAUGUGUCUCAGUUUGAACAUGAUGUUUAACGAGGUGCAAAGGCUGUGCAACGGGAGAAAUUCGAGGCAGCACGAGGAAUUUUUUGCCCUCAAGGAACUGGCCAAGCGUUUCGCAUUGUCCUUCGGGUUGGACGCCGUCAAAAAUAGGGAAGCCAUCACGGCUUUGCACCGAGCCGGUAUACUAUUCGCGGUCAUGGGUGCCGAAAAUGCGGACGACCCCACCGGCCCGCCCCCAAACCUUCCGUUUUUGGAAAUACUAACCGAAUUCACGAACAAACUUUUGAAGCAAGACAAGAAAGUCGUAAUGACGUUCUUGGAUCGGAGAAUUACCACAGGUAUGCCCAGCAGUCGGGGUGAGGAUUGGCAGCCUCUGCUUUUAUAUAGGAAUUCCUUACUGCACGGCGAAACGGAUGUAUUACCCAUGACCAGCAAACGGGCGUACGGUAGGAAGCGAAAAGACCCAGAAUCUGAACACGAAGAUGACAACCUCUCCGAUCAAGAAUUUCCUGGGAAUUUAUAUGGAUAAAAUGAUAGAAAUAAAAUAGUUCUUAUUUAUUAACCAAGUGUUUUGAUUGCCAAUGUUGAAUUGGUAGCCUCCAAAAAAUUUCACCAAACUUUACUUAGGAAUUUCCAUGGGUGGAGUUUCCAGAAGCUAGAAACUUAUGGUGCUAUCUCUCCAUGUCGCAACAUUAAAGUGAUUCCUCACUAACCACAAACAUUUCCACCAUAAUAAU